CAGUCAGGUCUGCUAGGGGACAUUGCCCGGUCUAAGGGUCUAAGCUCCGACGUUCAGCCUAAAAAAAUGACAUUUCAUGUGAGUAUCCGAUUCCUAAGUUUUCGUAUCACCUUAAGAUGGUGAUGGCGUCAUAACUAAUAACGAUAACUCCAAAUUAAUCGUAGGACUAUUUAUUGAUGGAUUUAACGUUAAAGACAGUUUUUUUUGGGUUGGUUAGGGGAGGCAGUAUGGAAAGUAAGUAAAAUUAAUAAACUGCCUAACAUACGAGACAUUGAAGCGAAUUAAAGUAUUGACUAAAAUACCGUACAUGACAUAACAGCUAAUUAACGUAUUGCCUAACAUACGAGACAAUGACGUAACAGCUAAUUCACGCAAUGACUAACAUACGAGAAAAUGACAUAACAUCUAAUUCACGUAUGGCCUAACGUACUUGACGUAACAUCUAAUUAACGUAUUGCCUAACAUACGAAACAAUGCCAUAUCAACUAAUUAACGUACUGCCUAACAUGCAAAACAAUGACAUAUCAACUAAUUAACGUAUUGCCUAACAUACGAAACAAUGACAUAUCAACUAAUUAACGUAUUGCCUAACAUACGAAACAAUGACAUAUCAACUAAUUAACGUAUCGCCUAACAUACGAAACAAUGACAUAUCAACUAAUUAACGUAUUGCCUAACAUACGAGAAAAUGACAUAACAUCUAAUUAACGUAUGGCCUAACGUACGUGACGUAACAGCUAAUUAACUUAUUGCCUAAUAAUACCAUACAAUGACGUAAUAUCAACUAAUUAACGUAUUGCCUAACAUACGAAACUAUGACAGAACAGACUGGUUUUUUUCAAGCAGUAUUUCCAAGUUUUGACUUUAUUCGUGGAUUUAUGUAUUUUUUGUCCUCCCAAAGUGGUACAUUGUCUGCCAGUUGCUGGUCAGCUCGUGGACUUUGGCCAUAGAUCCUGACGUGCAGAUAAAGCUGAACGCCAUCCAGGAGCAGAUGAAGACCCUGACCAAACAUACGAUGGUCUUGCAAGAAUUUGUGGAGGAAAGGUCAGUGGUCGGUGCGGUGGAAACCUCCACCCCCCAGUGGAUAACCUACGGUGGGAGAAGGGUGGGGAUGAAGGGUCGACUGAGUGGAUAUGUAAAUAAUAAUGGUACAGCCACUCAAACCAAAGGACCACUCCCCCCUCCUCCUCCUCCCCCCCCCCGCGUGGGGCACAAACUCUAGUCAUGGCCUUGACCGUAGGUUAGUUUGAAUCAGCUAGACAUUGGGGGAGGGGGCUCUCACUUUAGUCGGACCGAGUCUUUUAGAACCCGCUGUUACCAAACAAAAAGUCCAAAAGACAACAAAAAAAUGGCCAAAAGAUCUUGCUACCACAAAAUGGCCAAAAUGACCUCGCUACGAAACAAAAGACCUUGUUACCGAAAAUGGCCAAACACCUUGUUACUAAAAAUGGCCAAAACACCUUGUUACAAAAAAUGGCCAAAACACUUUGUUGCCAAAAAAUGGCCAAAACACCUUGUUACCAAAAAAAGCCAAAACACCUUGUUGCAAAAAAAUGGCCCAAACACCUUGUUACCAAACAAAAGGCGAAAAGAUUUGACUGAUAGGAAGGCGAAAUAUGAGAUGAGGCAGACGAGGUAACAGAUGUAACAGACACCGAUCUGAGCGUUAUCUGAUUUGCAAAAAAAAAAGGAAAGCAUGCCAAAUUGAAGGGAAUAUAAUAUUCUUCCCGCGGCUGAGGACAGUGGUAAGAUUCAGUCGGUUGACGCCGGUUCGCCUAAGCUUAUACACCACCGGUUGUUGUUUUUUUUUAGCUCGACGAAAAAAUGUUUUAAGUGAUAGAAAUUGGGGAUUUAGCACAGGCAUUUUUUUUUUUGUUUGGUGUUUUUGGGGGGGGGGAGGUUUGGCGGGUGGGCAACGCUCUAGCGCCACUCCGAACAAAUUGUUUGCUAGCUCCAGCUCCGCCCAGAGAAAAAAUGUUUUAAGGGAUAGGAAUUGGGGAUUUAGCACAGGCAUUUUUUUUUUGUUUGGUGUUUUUGGGGGGGGGGGAGGUUUGGCGGGUGGGCAACGCUCUAGCGCCACUCCGAACAAAUUGUUUGCUAGCUCCAGCUCCGCCCAGCGCUCUGGCGCCACUCCGAACAAAUUGUUUGCUAGCUCCAGCUCCGCCCAGCGCUCUGGCAAAAUUAAAAAAAAAAAUUAAAAAAAAAUCGAAUCUUAGGUUUGCACCGAUUUUUCUGCAUAUAUUCCGUAUCAAGUUAGAUUGGUCCUUUUGCCAGAAUAGACACUUGAGUUCUCUUUCUGACCACAAGCUUAAAUUAUGAACAACAAUAAAAGUCGCUGCAGUAACUCAAAAAUAAUCCAUUCAAAUAAUCAAGAUUUUGAUUUUUACCUGGGAAUGGAGAGGAGAGAUUGAUGGGGAUUGGUUGAUGGGUUGUUGAAGGGGUUGAUACGUGUUUAUAGAAAUGUGUUUUAUUAUUGUCACUUAAACAUAACUGGUAGAAUAGUGGUGGCAACGUAGCUGGUAGAAGAGUGGUGGCAACGUAACUGGUAGAAGAGUGGUGGCAGCUUAGCUGUUACAGGGUGGGACAACAUAGCUGGUAAAAGAGUGGAGAAACAUAUUUGGUAGAUGAGGGGGGGGGGGGGGACAUCGCUGCUAAAAUGAGACACGAUCUCAGGAUUAUUGUGUACAAAGUGGGGCUAAUAAGAAGGUAAUGAUGUUCAAAUGACCACAGGAUACGAACCGAUGGCCAGUCUGGGCUGAAACAACUUCGCCACGACACAGAGGGGACCAAGAAUUACUUUGGCUCCACGCACAUCGACUACAGUGCGGCCGGCAUCCACGACCACAGUGAUUACAUCAACACUUUAGGGAUGGGAGAGGUAAGAUUUACCGUAUCUACUCUAAUAAUUGUACGCUUAGAACAAACACAAUCCGUUUUUUUUUAAUUGUUUUUUUUUUUAAAUUCCCAUUAUUUCAUGCUUAGAAAAAAAUGCAAUUAAUCAUCCACAACGCAACAUGAACCCCCCUUCAUUGCAUGUUUAGAUCAGUGCUGUGAUCAACGGCGUGGAGUUCCGAACCCGUCACCUGGACUUCAAAACCGUUCGCCCCUCCACAACCAACACCAGCUUUGGUGCCGUUGAGGACAUUCAGUUCCCAGAUGUGCCACCGGAGGUGACCAGCAAAGCCACGGUGCAGGUCAGCAAUGAUUUUUUUUUUUCAAUAUUUAAAAAAAAAAAAAGUUAAGUCUUUCAAGCACAGAUGAAAUUAAACUUAACUCACUGAACGUUAGGAACUUAAUUUACAAUUUCUUAAAAUGUUUUACGCAAAGUAAGAUUGUACAGAAGUGUAGAUGAGCACUCUAUGAAACCAGAGGACUCGAACUGAACGUAUAGACAAAACUUAAAUCUAUUUUAUUUUGUAUUAAUAUUUUGAGGAGAAAAUUUGAAAAUAGCUUGAGGUACUUUUUGGACGGCCCCUUAGCUACGCCAAGAAAAGGUCGAAGACAUUCUCACAGCACAAAGAUGAAAAUCUUGAUGCCAUACCGGCAGCACAAAGAUGAAAGUCUUGAUGCCAUACUGGCAGCACGAAGAUGAAAAUCUUGAUGACACACUCACAGCACGAAUCCUACCACGAUGCUGGUUGUACACCAGGCUGAUUAAAACAUGAUUUAUUUUAAAUUAUCAACAUUAUAUUUUUUUUCUGUACGUUUUUCGAAUUCUUUAGGAACAAAUCCAAGAAAUGAAGCAGUGGUUCAAGGCCUUCGCCACCCAGAACUCCACCCUGAGAAACUACAAGAAGUACUUCAAGCCACUGCUGUGUUACAUGGAGGGCAUGUGGAUCAAAGGUUAUUUUUAAAGUAAAAUUUGAUUAGGAAGAAAUAUGUGAUAAUCACGGGUGGAAAAAAUAUAGAUGCUAAAAUAUAGAUCUAGAUACUCUGUGUAAUGUUAUUCGCAUCAUUUGUUUCUAGCUUCGCGUUCAUUUUUCCACAGAUUUGAGCUCAGAGAUCACGGAACCCUUCAAAAGUGACCGACAUCGUUUGAACGCCAGGAGUUGGGACGACCUCAUGGACAAAGUUUGUGGUCAACCAUAAAUUCAUCUGUUAUAUUAUUUUAAAAAAUAACUAAUGAAAGGUCUAUCAUGUAACAUUUGUCCAUCUUAGUUUUCCUAGUUCCAAAUGGUUUCCUUUAAGUUGUUUUUGUAAUUUGUAUCCGUCUAUAUUUAUCCACCAAAUUUUUUUGCGACUAAAUGUUACCUGUGCAAAUUUGGCUUUUUGUCAAAAAUUACCCUGGGGGGAAAAAAAGGAGAUAACAGUAGGCCUGCAAUGGGAGUUAAAGGCCUUGUCCAAUGAGAAGUACGGGAUAUUAGCAAAUGAGGGUCAUUAACAAAGUAAUUGAUUGCUUUGCUGAUAUUGAUCGCUGUGUUCCAAAUAAGGUUAAGAAGAUAAAAAGUUUAUUUUGAUUACGUGACGAACGAUUUAGUUCUAAUAUAAAAAAUAAAUUUGAGAAAUUUAAGCUGAAAUUUCGCCAAAAUUGAUGCAAACUGAAAUGACUUUUUAUUUAAUGUGCUUUUUUUUUUUAUUUAGGAUAAUGCAUUUUCUAUUUCUUGUUGGUUCUUCAUUUGUCCUGUCUGCUGAGUAAGGCUUUUGGCCGAAACGUUCUUCUAUUGUUGACCUUGCUCUUUAUAUUUCAGGCUUCCACAUUCUUUGUUCCACUACUUUUUGAGAUCAAAAUUAAUUGAAAUUUUUUUUUGAAAUAAAGUUAUAAAAAUUUGUAUACAACCAUUUAUGUUCAAGCUUAAGAGUAUGCUCUUUAGACUUACCCAGCCAUGUAAGACUUCGUUCGUGCCAGCAGUCCCGGAAAAAAAGAAAGUUUAAUCAGUGUUUAAAUGUGCCUAGGCUUGUUGAAUUCAUACAUAGAGCAGAUUGUUUCUUAAACUUAACGAUGAUCCUCACACUGUACACUUCUAAGGUCCGCUACAUGGCGUACACCGGGACCAAAGACAAUUUUGAGAACGCAGGCUUCCACCCCCGCAAGAUCAUGUCAGUGGACCCCGUGACGGGAGCGCCCACCUUCGGCCAAUGGAAUUACAGGGUCCUGUGCUACCCGACCAGUGUGGACAUCCCUUUGAAGUACCUCAAACAGGUUUCGUAUUCUUUUGACCUACGGCCCCUGUUAAACUGGUAAUAGGGGGUGGGGGGUGGAGAUUGUCUUCAGAGACUCGGUGCCUGUUAAAUUGCCAAUAAAAGGGCGGGGGGGGGGGGGGGGGGGUGGGGAGAGGGAGACUGCCAACAGAGGCGGAGCUCCUGUUAAAUAAGUUGUUUACUCUAACGCUUGUGCUAUGACUGUCUCAUUGAAAGGUGUUAUGUGACCUUGGCUGAAAUAAAAACACACACCCCUCCAUCUCCCCCACCUUUUAAAAUAAAAUUUCUAUAUUUCAGCACCGUUUAAAUAUCAUUGUCCCACUUCGACACAACAGUCCCACCACUGUUUAAAAACCAUUGUCCCACUUGGACAAAGUCAGUAUCACCACUGUUUAAAAAAUUAUUAUCCCACUUCGACACACCAGUCCCACCACUCUGACCGUUUAAAAAACGGGGCCCCACUUGGACACAAACAAUACCACCCCAGUUUAAAAAUCCCCCUGUCAUUUAACCCCCAAAAUGCCCCCCCCCCCCCAAAAAAAAAAGCUACUCCCCACCCCUUAAUUUGAACCCAAGCUAAACAAUUGAAGCAUUCUUCUGAUUGGUCAGUCUGUUCAUCUCAAGCUCAUAAACAUAUCUUGUUCCACUAUUCACUGUGCCCGUUGUAAAGAAAAGACAAACAUGCAGUUGACCGUUUAUCGCGAGUCACGUUUAUACAAAAUGUACAUCACUCUAAAAAGAGUCUCUUUGCCGUUCAGAGAGAAGACUGGUCCUGGAGCAUCGCCAACGAUUACGACACAAAAGAAGUGCUGGCCACACGAGGUGCCAGAUUUGACCUCAAUGGUCAAGUUACGGAUAACGAGUGAGUCAUUAUUUUUUUUUCUUAUUAGAAGUUUUUUUUUUUUUAAAUCUUUUCUCAAUUCAAAUAAAGCGAAAGGAUAGAAAUCAGCACACACACACACACACACACAAAAACCCAGCCUAGUUGUCAAAAUACUGAAUUUUUAACCAUUAAAUUUAAGAGUUGACCUAAGAAGAUAUGUUUUAUUAUUGCUUUUGAAUUGGGAACAUGCAUUUCAUUUCAUAAUCAAUGCAAUUACGCACGGCAGGUUUACGACAUUCACAGUUCUCGACAAGGUCAUGCAGGAAAUUCCCGGCCUGGACAACGUCCCAGCGGCGGAUCUGCAAGAAGCGUACGGUGGGAAGUUGUGGUCCGGCGAGGCCAAGGGCGUGCCACUGCGGUCGGCGUACUACCACAGGUGGUACAACUUUGACACGAAAGGCGCCAUGGGGACCUCUGUAGGUAGACGUGAUGUCGCUGGCUUGUUGGGUUUAGGCUGGGUUAGGGUUAGGCGGGUUAUGGCUAGGUGGGUUAUGGUAAGUUGGGUUAUGUUAAGUUGGGUUUCGUUUAGAUGGGUUAUAGUUAGGUGGGUUGUUGUAAGUCGGGCUGUGCUUAGGUGGGUUACGGUGAGACGGGUUGUGUGUAGGUGGGUUAUGGUUAGGUCUAUUAUGGUUAGGUCUAUUAUGGUUAGGCCUAUUAUGGUUAGGUCUAUUAUGGUUAGGUGGAUUGUGACAAGGCGUGUUACGGUUAGGUGGUAUUACGUACCGUUAUAAGGUGUAAUAAAUUUAAUCUGUUGCUUUCAAAAUAUGGCUCGUUGGAUGAACAAUACGCAACAAAGGACUGGAGCCUAGUAAUCAAAGAAGAACGCUUCCAAAGCUAGUGCUAUUAACAGUAAUCAAUUUAAUCGUACUAUUAAGGUGAUGUAAAAAUUAAAAAUCAAAUAAACGGAAGAAAAAAAAAUAUAUAUAUAUUAACUUAGAGCGCAGCAAGUGAAACAAAUACAAUACUAGAAAAGUACAAAGAUGAAUCCACACAAACACAGUGAAAAAACGUUUUUUGUAGAACUGUAUUUCUGUUAAGUCUGGUAAGUACGUCUGCCGGUCACAGUCGACCGUCUUAUUUCUAUAGGGAGGGAGCGCCCCAAAUCAGAACGUCUAGAAAUUCAAUCGUAAAGAGUAGAGAGUAUUUCUCCCUGUUUGCAGACCCUUCUGAAAACGUAAACGAACUUUUUUUUAUAAUCAAGGGAGGUAAGGGGGAAAGGAUUGGCAGCAUGAGUCACCAAGUUAAUUGGUGACGUCGGUAAUAAAAACGAAGGAGGGGGGGGGGGGGUUAAUAGUCGCUCAAACCAAAUCAACACACAGGCUAAAACAGGUGGGUUAAGGUUACGCGGGUUAAGGUUAGGUGGGUUAAGGUUAGGUGGGUUACAGUUAGGCGCAUAAUGCUUAGAUGAAAUAUGUCUGGGUGAAAAGGGCAAAUUUGGAAUAAAAUUUGAUUUAAAAAAAUGGUAGGUGGAGAAUAGUUAAAACGGAUCCAUUAACCUUUAAUUGUUUUUCUUUCUUUUUCCUUCCCAUACACCACCAGCUUACACACCGAGGCUACUCGGACCAAUACCUAUUCGUAGCCGUGAACACACGUGACAAGAUCGUACCCAUGGCGAUGGAGGACUGCAAGGACGGCGCGUGCACCAAAUACAGUGCACGUGUGUCGUACGCCAUUCCACUGGAGCUCACGUACAUGACACCCCUCCUGAAAUGGAACCCGUAUAAGAUUGCUUACAAUCAGG